AUGCUGUCUCAAAGAGGGCUCAAAAGUGCCGCAAGCCAGGAUAUUCCAUGGCGAUUUGCUCCCGGCGGCAAUAAUCGAUAUGAUAUGGUGAGCAACCCUCGUGGUGUCGUCCCAUUUGGAACGGCGGAGAAUGCUCUAGUACAAGAUGAACUUGCCACUUAUGUGGCUGAAAAGGUCGAAAUUCCCCCGGAUGCAUUUCUAUAUCGCUUUAGCACCAUGGGCGGCCCUCGAUUCCCUAUUGCAAUGGCAAGCCAUAUGAAUAAAUAUUUCCAACCUUUUCACCCCGUCAAACCAGAACAAAUCAUCACCGCAUCCGGAUUGACAGCGAUUCACGAACUCAUGGCUUGUAGUCUCGGGGAUCCCGGGGACGGUAUGCUAGUCAGUCGGCCCGUCUAUGGCAGAUUUGAACUCGACUUCGGGAACACGGCAAACUUGAAGAUUGUUUAUGCCGAUAUGGAAGGGGUGGAUCCUUUUGGAGCCGAAGUGGUGCCGAAAUACCAGUCUGCGUUGGAAACGGCAUUGAAAGAGAAUGUCAAGGUCAAAGCAUUACUUAUUGUGAACCCACACAAUCCUCUUGGUCGCUGUUAUCCCCCUUUGGCCCUACGCGAACUAAUGGUAUUUUGUCAAAAGAAUUCCAUUCACCUGAUUAGCGACGAAGUGUACGCUUUAUCCGUAUAUGGGACGGGUUAUGAUGCCGAAAAAUCAAUCAAUUUCUCCUCCGUGCUGUCAAUUGAUUGUAAAGGGUUGAUUGACCCAGAACGACUUCAUGUUUUUUACGGAAUGAGCAAAGACUUUGGAGCAGCUGGGCUUCGUUUGGGUUGUUUGGUCACGCAAAACGUUCCUUUAAGGAAAGCGAUCGCGUGUAACAUCAGAUUUCACAAUCCCUCUGGUAUGUCGAUCGCAAUCGCUACGCAGCUAUUAGAAGACAGGGAUUUUGUAAAAUACUUUGUAAAAACGUCCCACGAGAGACUGCGGGCUGCUCGAAAGUACACGACACAAGUUUUGGACCACGCGGGAAUCAGGUAUCAUCGUGGAAGCAAUGCUGGUUUCUUUCUGUAUAUUGAUUUGAGCCCAUGGCUUAUUGAAUCAUGUGAUGAUCAGCACGCAGGAGAGAACGACGCCGAAUAUGCACUUGCUCAGAAGCUGCUGGAUGGCGGUGUUGGACUUCACCCAUGUGAGGAGCAUGGGGAAUUCAAGGGCCACUUUAGGGUUGUCUUUAGUCACCCGAAGGAAGUCCUAGAAGAAGGGCUUAAACGAUUGGUCCACGUGUUGAAUGAUCAAUCUUCAUGA